AUGGUCUGGAGAAAUUACUGGAGAAUACCAGUUCCGGAACUAUGGGUUGAUAUUCUAGAGAAGGUGAAGGCAGCUGGUUUCAAUACUGUGAGCUUUUAUUCACACUGGGGCUACCACAGCGCCAGAGAUGGUCAUCUCGAUUUUGAAUCUGGGUCUCGCAAUUUCACCAGGCUUUUCGAUAUCUGCAAAGACAUUGGACUGUAUGUCUUGUUUCGUCCUGGCCCUUAUGUCAAUGCGGAAGCCUCCGCGGGUGGCUUUCCUGGAUGGCUCACAACCGGAGCUUACGGCACUCUUCGCAAUAACGAUUCGAGAUACACAGAUGCGUGGACUCCGUUCAUGUCAGAAAUAUCUAAGAUUGUAGCUGAUUACCAGAUCACAAGAGGCGGUCAUGUUAUCCUCUACCAGAUCGAAAAUGAAUUCGGUAACCAAUGGCGCAAUGUAGAUUUAAAAACGCCAAACUACCCAGCGAUAGCGUACAUGGAGUUGCUCAAGUCCAACGCAAGAGCAAAUGGGAUUGAUGUGCCUCUGAUCCACAACAAUCCUAACUUCAGAACUAAAUCUUGGUCCAAAGAUUACAGUAAUGAAGGUGGAAAUGUUGACAACUAUGCGCUAGAUCAUUAUCCUUCAUGCUGGAGUUGUGAUCUGUCUGAAUGCACUGGAACGAACGGAAAUGUGCCUGACUUCACAACUUAUGACUAUUACAGCAACUUCCAACAAGUCGCGCCCACUCAACCUUCGUUCCUAGCUGAGUUCCAGGGUGGAAGCUACAACCCGUGGCAAGGACCUGCCGGCGGUUGUGUCAACACCACGGGACCAGAGUGGGUAAACGUCUUCUAUAGACAUAACGUCGAGCAGAAGGUCACUUCCAUGAAUGUCUACAUGCUAUUUGGAGGAUCUAACUGGGGGCAAAUUGCAUUUCCUACCGUCGGAACUAGUUAUGAUUACAGCGCGCCAAUUACUGAGAGUAGAACAAUUGGCGAGAAGUAUCACGAGACAAAAUUAUUCGGACAGUUCCUUCGAGUCGCCAGAGAUCUGACAAAGGUCGAUCGAAUCGCAAACAACACUGGAUUGACUUCGACUCCCGACAUCAAAACCACCGAGUUACGAAAUCCAGAUACAAAUGGAGCAUUUUAUGUUACAGCCCACACCUUGUCUCCAUCCAGGGACAAGACGUCCUUCAAAUUAAGCAUAUCGACUUCCGCAGGAAACUUGACCGUUCCGCAAUAUGCUAGUGACAUUGUUCUAAAUGGUAGACAGUCAAAGAUCAUUGUGACCGAUUUUACCAUCGGCAAACAGAAGUUAAUAUAUUCCACGGCAGAAGUUCUCACUGUCUCGGUCCAAGAUGGAGUGCCUGUCGUGCUUCUUUGGCUACCGGCUGGUGAAAGCGGAGAGUUCUUCCUGAGUGGUGCGCAAGCUGGACAGGUCAAAAAGUCGGAAGGAGCUUCUGGGGUCAAGUUUAGUCCAGUCGAUGGAGGUACUGUAGUUUCAUACACACAAUUAGCUGGAUCUGCCGUGAUAGAUUUUGAAGGCUCAAAGUUUGUCCUCGUUGAUAGAGCUUCCGCUUACAAAACAUGGAUGCCUUCUACCUCGAACGAUCCUUUUACCGCGGAGAACUCGACGGUCAUUGUACAAGGUCCAUAUCUUGUUCGGAGUGCUGCCAUUGACGGAAAUGUUUUGACACUUACCGGAGAUUGGACGGAAUCUAUUGAUCUCGAUAUCUAUGCGCCAAUGUCUAUUCAAAAAGUAGUCUUCAACGGCAAGACAAUUCGCGUUAACAGAACACGCUAUGGUAGCUUGCUGGGGAGAUUUCUGAGUGCAGCUAGUACAGCAUCAUCUAUCAAAUCACAGCUACCACCUUUGACAAAAUGGAAAGUCAGCGACGGAUUACCGGAAAGGAACGGCAAUUACGACGACUCGAGAUGGACUGUUGCCAAUCAUACUAAAACCCCAAAUCCAACCCCUCCUGCUACUUAUCCUGUUCUAUACGCUGAUGAAUAUGAUUUUCACACUGGGAACAUCUUAUGGCGUGGUAGGUUCUCAAACUCCAACGCCACCGGUGUUUUUCUUUCCGUGAUUGGAGGAACUGGAAGUGGCUGGAGUGCCUUUCUCAACGGAGCUUUCAUCGGGUCCUGGCUGGGUAGCACAUCUGUCACGAGAGGAGAGCAACAACUUUCCUUCGCCAACGCGACGCUAAACUCCAAUACCACAAACGUACUUUUCAUCAUCCAGGAUCACAUGGGUAAAGAUCAGACUAGCGGGGCCACAAACCCUCGAGGAAUAUUUAACGCUACCUUGAUCGGUGGCGGAACUUUCUCAUCAUGGAAAGUAGCAGGUAAAGCUGGAGGUGGUCAAAAUAUCGAUCCCAUCCGUGGACCCUACAACGAGGGCGGUCUUCACGCUGAACGCCUUGGAUGGCAUCUCCCCGGUUUCGAUGAUAGCGCUUGGGAGAAUGGAACUCCUCAGACUAGUUCGUCUAAUGCUGGUGUUAAGUUCUACCGGACAGUUGUUCCGCUAGAUUUGCCUCGAGGUGUCGACGCAUCGCUAGGAUUUGUCUUUAGUUCUCCCGCCGGAUCAAAAGUACGUGUACAGCUGUAUGUGAAUGGUUAUAUGUUUGCCAAAUAUAUUCCUCAUAUUGGAAACCAAGUUACUUUCCCUGUCUUCCCUGGGAUUCUGAAUUAUCACGGAGAUAAUACUAUAGGACUCAGUGUCUGGUCCCAAACCACCGCAGGCGCAAGUGUCUCAGUUGACUGGACCGUGAUUGGAGCCGUAGAAUCGUCGCUGGAUGUGGGCUUCGACUCAACGUACCUGAGACCUGGAUGGAGUGAUAGGUCUGAGUAUUAUUAA